CAAAACUCACACAACAGUAUAAAACAUCAGCUGCUCUAUCAGAGUUUCUCCACUCUCUCCCGAGCAUCUGAAGCAGAUAGACAGCUUUCACUCUUCAACGCCAAACAGAAAGACCAGAAUGUCUUCCUACUCCCAGUCCAUCAACGGUGGUGGGGGCGGUGGCUACAUGCGCAGCAGCAGCCGAUCCAUGUACGGAGGAUCUGGAGGUUCUGGAGUCAGAAUCUCCUCCGGUGUCUCCUCCAUGUCCAUGUCUGGUGGUGGCGGCGGCGGUAGAGCUGGCUAUGGCUUCGGCUCCGGUGGCGGAGCAGGAAGUGGUUUUGGCUUUGGCGCUGGAGGAGGCAGCGGCGUGGACAUCUCCGCCAACAAGAAGGCCACCAUGCAGAACCUGAACGACCGCCUGGCGACCUACCUGGACAAGGUGCACAAGCUGGAGACGGCCAACGGCGCCCUGGAGCUGAAGAUCAGACAGUUCCUGGAGAGCAAGGUCGGCCCGUCGGCCAGAGACUACAGCCACUUUUACGUCACCAUCGCAGAGCUGCAGGGGAAGAUCCAGGACGCUACCAGGAUCAACGGCUGCAACUACCUCAACAUCGGCAACGCCAAGCUGGCUGCCGACGACUUCAGGAUGAAGUGUGAGAACGAGUUGGCUAUGCGUCAGUCGAUGGAGGCCGACAUGGGCGAGCUGAGGAGAGUCCUGGACGAGCUGACUCUGACCCGGACCGACCUGGAGAUGCAGAUCGAGGGUCUGAAGGAAGAAUUCAUCCUCCUCAAGAAGGACCAUGAGGAGGAGCUGCUGGCGAUGCGAACGCAGAUGAGCGGCCAGGUGAAGGUGGAGGUGGACUCCGCUCCGGCCGUGGACCUCCAGAAGGUCAUCGAGGAGGUCAGGGAGCACUACGAAACCGUCACCAACAAGGGCCGCAAAGAACUGGAGACCUGGUUCCAUUCCAAGUCAGAACAGCUGAACAAAGAAGUCGCCGUCAGCACAGAAACUCUCCACUCGUCCAAAUCAGAGAUCACGGAGCUCAAGAGAACGCUGCAGGGCCUGGAGAUCGAGCUACAGUUGCAGCGCAGCAUGAAAGCGUCGUUGGAGUCGACUCUGGCCGAGACACAGAGCCGCUACGCCAUGCAGCUCAACGGCUACCAGAGGCAGGUGAUGGGUCUGGAGCAGCAGCUGAUGUCGCUGAGGGCCGACCUGGAGAGACAGGGACAGGAGUACCAGAUGCUGCUGGACAUCAAGACCAGACUGGAGAUGGAGAUCGCCGAGUACAGGAGGCUGCUGGACGGAGAGGGCGGCGGCGGAGAAAGCGGUGGCAGUGGCAGCGGGGUGCAGAGGCGUGAUCUGAUGAAAUAUUCCUGUGAACUGGAAGUGGACACAAACACAGUAAACGAAAAACUCAAACUGUCUGACAACAACAAGAAGGUGACAUGGAUGGGAGAGGAUCAGCCAUAUCCUGAUCAUCCAGACAGAUUUGAAUCCUGGUAUCAGUUGCUGUGUAGAAAUGGUCUGACUGGUCGCUGUUACUGGGAGGUCGAGAGGAGAGGAGAUGUUUAUAUAUCAGUGAGUUACAGAGGAAUCAGGAGGAAAGGAUACAGUGAAGACUGUGUGUUUGGAUGGAAUGAUCAGUCCUGGAGUCUGAUCUGCUCUGAUGAUGAUGGUUACUGUGUCAGGCACAAUAAGAUAAAAACAGUCCUCACUUCCUCCCCUGUCUCUAACAGAGUAGCAGUUUAUGUGGACUGUCCUGCUGGCACUCUGUCCUUCUACACAGUCUCCUCUGACUCACUGAUCCACCUCCACACCUUCAACACCACAUUCACUGAACCUCUUUAUCCUGGGUUAAGGGUCUGGUCAGCUGGUUCCUCAGUUUCUCUGUGUCCUCUGUAGGAGGAGACAAGGUCCUGUCCUGUGGUUUAAAUGUUGGAGGAUGAGGCUUCACUUUGGUUCAUAUUAGUAGUUAGUCAGAAAUUAGUCAGAAAUGUUCUUCUUCUUCUUUAGUAAUGUUGAAAUGAUCUCCUCAGGGAUGAAAACUAGUUGUGUAUAAACUGUGUUGACUUUUGAUUUUCACUUUAAUCAUGUUUUAUUGGAGCAGCUUCAACUGUUAGUGAUUUAUUUCCAUAAAGGUUUAAAGAUUAAAAAAGACUUGUUGAGUUCAA